UCCAGUUUCUAAAACAACUCUCUGUGUAAGGCAGUUCUUUGUUUCCCUUCUCACCAGUGAAGCAACAGUUAUCUUCGCUCAAAUUUAGGGUUUAUAUCUUCAUCCCUAUAUCUAAGGAAAGAAAUCCCAGAUUCAGUUUGGGUUUCAGUAUUGUUCUGCUCCUAUAAAGAUCGCUUUUUGGUUUUGUUCUGCUUGUCAAAUUUAGGUAUUUUCAGAAACUGUUUCUAGAUUCUGCUCUCUGUAGAUUCCAUUAUUUUGGAGUGAAAAUCUAAUCUUUGAGUUUCUUUUCGUGGGAGGGUUAGAUUCAGAUUAUUAAAAGAGUUUUGUCUUUUGGAAAAUUUGGAGUGAGUUUGUUAUGGAAAUGGCUUCCGGCAGAGUAUACCGUAGUCCUUCACUGAGGUUAACGCAUGAUGUUGUGAACGAGGAAGAAGAGUUAGGGCUUGGGUUUGUAAGAUACACUCGCGGAUUGGGGAGGAAAAGGAUUGAAAUAUCGAAUGAGAUGGAGGAAUCUUUGCCUCUUGAUUCUGCGACCGAAUUUCCAUUGUUGAAAAGGCAAUGCAGUGAGAGAAUGGUGAUGAUGAUGAUUGAUGAUUACCAUGAAAAAUCUGUUCUUGAAUCACUUCCUCAAGAUGUACUUAUUAGGAUUAUUUGUGGUGUGGAUCAUAAAGAUUUGAAGCAACUUUUUAAUGUUUCUAAAUCAAUCAGAGAAGCUACUGUGAUUGCAAAGCAGUCGCAUUUUGCUUAUAGCACACCAACAAAGGUCAAGGCUUUUCGAACUUCAAUUGAUUUUGAGGAAUCAAGUGACUUAGAUGAUAUUGAAGCUCCAAAUGCACCGAAGCUCCAAUUGCGGUUUCGAAGGAAAAUCAACAGAAGAAAGCUGGCUGAUAUUUCAAUGGCAUUGUUUGCUUGACACGGAAAAUGAUUAAAUUUUGUAAAUAGCUUGUUUUUGUUGUAGAUUUAAAGGGGGUUGAUUGGUGGAUCUGCUUGUUGGAUCUUUGUACAUGGGUGAGAUUCUUGACAAGCCAUUUCUUCAAAUGUUUCGUUGAAGAUGGUGGGGUUUCCUGGCUUGUUUGUAUCUUUGUGUACAUGAGAAAGAAAGGGUGAUUCCAGAUUUUCGGAUGUAUUUGUUUGGAGGGCAACAUUGACCCUUAUGAUCUGAUAAAGUUCAGAUUUGAGGGUGUAGAGCUGAUUCUGCACACUCUUUUAUGCAUAAUAAGAUAAGGAAUGUAGAAAUAUUUCCUGAUAA